AUUGAAUAUGAUGACCGGUUGACCUUCAAAAUGUUAUCGGUGAUGUUUUCUUAACCAUUAUUAUUUCGAACCCUAGUUUGCAAUCAUUCUCACAAUAGAACGUCGGUAACGUAUCAAAGACAAUUCUUACUAAAAUGUUCUCUCUUAAUUUUUCGUUAAAUUUUGUGUUAAUGAGUUCAUUAUUCCUUAUCAAAGUGUCUCACCAAGAAACGGUUUUGGCUAAAUAUGUGAAAGUGGAACUGAAUUCCGGUGAUCUCAUGCCUUUGAUUGGAUUAGGAACUUCAAGGUUGAAUGAACAAGAAUUGGUGAGGAAUUCAUUAGAUUUUGCUCUGGCAUCUGGUUACCGACUAAUAGACUCUGCUACUGUGUAUCGUAACGAAGAACUUAUAGGCAAAGCUCUGAAAGAACUUUUACCGAAAUACAAUCUCACUAGAAAGGACGUAUUCAUCACCACAAAAUUAGCAUCCUACGAUCAAGGUGAAACGGCUUACAUGGCACUGGAACGGUCCUUGAAGAACUUGAAUACUGAUUAUGUGGAUCUUUAUCUUAUUCAUAGCCCCCGAGUAGUGGGGGUGAAUUUAUCAGAUAGCCAAAUUUCUCAACGUCGAGAUCAAAGCUGGAAGCAGCUUGUUAGAGCAAAGAAAAAUGGUCUAACCAAAAAUAUUGGUGUGUCCAACUAUGAUAUAGAACAUUUGUCAGAGUUACUGAAAAAUGACCAUGGAGUUAAACCAGCAGUGAAUCAGGUUAAGUGGAACCCCCAUUACCAUCAAGAUGAUUUACUAAGAUUCUGCCAAAAAGAAGGUAUUUUGCUUCAGGCUUAUUCAUCUUUGGGAGGAACUGGUGAUAAGGAUUUAUUGAAUGAUGAAGAAAUCAAGAAAAUCGCAUUGAAAUUAGGAAAAUCUCCCGCCCAGGUAUUGCUUCGCUGGGCUUUCCAAGAGAAUAUUGCUGUUAUCCCCAAGGCACGCUCUAAGGAACACUUGGAACAAAACAUUGACCUUAACUUCAUCAUACCAGAAGCAGACAUGAAAAUUUUGAACAGCAUCAGUCGAAUACCACUACCCUAACCCAUAAUCUGAAAAUUAAACGAAUAUUGUUUGUUCUAGUGAUGUCUCUCUCGUUCUAAGUAAAGGGUGAAUUUUCAAUUUGUUAGGUAUCAAUGUUUAUAUCAAUGGUAAAUAUAUAUCGUUAGUCCGGAGGAAAAACGAUAUAAGACGAAAAGUAACACUUUUCAGUUCACGGGAUUUGAGUUUUCUCAAAAGUUUGAUAAUUUAUUUCACGACAUAUACUAACUUUUCUUUUGCACUAUGUUACCUAACUCAAAGAUAAUGGUGUUAAGUAUCAGUUAUAGUCUAUUAUAAUUAUUUACGUUGAACAAUAAUAGACAGAAAAAUUAAAUAAAUUCUGUAGUUUGACUUGUGUCGUUUUACAACAUCAGAAAUUCUUGAAAUUUGUAAUGAAUCUAUGGCAAAAUUCAAAAAUAUCAAAGGAAAUAUGCCGUAUGGUAUAUUCUAAGGGUUUUUGUGGUUAUUUGUAACCGUAAAAGUCAAAAAUUUGCAUUGGAAUUAUGGUCUAAUUAUUGGGUUGCUAUAGUAACACAUUAACAGGUUACUUUUAACAUUGUGAAGACUCAUAAUG